CGACUAGCCACCAGGGGACAAGACUCUGGUCCCUUCCUCGUCCGCUCCAUGCCCGAGAGCUGCGCUUGGAGAGACAUGGAGGAAGCGGGCGCUCAGUGCGCCCCGCCGCUGUCCGUGAGCUCCCAGACCGGGCUCUCUCCAGCCAACCUCUCUGCCGCUCCCUCCCACAACUGCAGCGCCGAGGGCUACAUUUACCAGGACUCCGUAGCCCUGCCCUGGAAGGUAGUACUGGUCAUGCUGCUGGCGCUCUUCACCUUGGCCACCACGCUCUCCAACGCGUUUGUGAUCGCCACUGUGUACCGGACGCGGAAGCUGCAUACCCCCGCCAACUACCUGAUCGCCUCCCUGGCGGUCACCGACCUGCUGGUAUCCAUCCUGGUGAUGCCCAUCAGCACCAUGUACACGGUCACGGGCCGCUGGACGCUGGGCCAGGCGGUGUGCGACUUCUGGCUGUCAUCGGACAUCACCUGUUGCACCGCUUCCAUCUUGCACCUCUGUGUCAUCGCCCUGGACCGCUACUGGGCGAUCACGGACGCCGUGGAGUACUCGGCUAAAAGGACUCCCAAGAGGGCGGCGGUCAUGAUCGCGCUCGUGUGGGUCUUCUCCAUCUCCAUCUCGCUGCCGCCCUUCUUCUGGCGUCAGGCCAAAGCCGAGGAGGAGGUGUCGGACUGCGUGGUGAACACGGAUCACAUCCUCUACACUGUCUACUCCACGGUGGGCGCCUUCUACUUCCCCACCCUGCUCCUCAUCGCCCUCUAUGGCCGCAUCUAUGUGGAAGCCCGCUCCCGGAUUUUGAAACAGACGCCCAACAGAACCGGCAAGCGUCUGACCCGAGCCCAGCUGGUUACUGACUCUCCCGGGUCCACGUCUUCGGUCACCUCCAUUAAUUCGAGGGCUCCAGACUUACCCAGCGAAUCGGGGUCUCCUGUGUACGUGAACCAAGUCAAAGUGCGAGUCUCCGACGCCCUGCUGGAGAAGAAGAAACUCAUGGCCGCUAGGGAGCGCAAAGCCACCAAGACCCUGGGGAUCAUUUUGGGAGCGUUCAUUGUGUGUUGGCUGCCCUUCUUCAUCAUCUCCCUGGUGAUGCCUAUCUGCAAGGAUGCCUGCUGGUUCCACCUGGCCAUCUUUGACUUCUUCACGUGGCUGGGCUAUCUCAACUCCCUCAUCAACCCCAUCAUCUAUACCAUGUCCAACGAGGACUUCAAACAGGCGUUCCAUAAACUGAUACGCCUUAAGUGCACAAGUUGA